UAGAGAAAAUUUAUGUACAUAUAUUUGAAUGUGGGUUCAAAUUAAACAUACAAAAAUAUUAACAAUAAAAUAAUAACAAAGCUAGAGCGAAAAACAUUGUGAGCAAAAAUUUAGUGCAAAACCAAUUAAACACGCGUCCGGUGUCGGUACAAAAAAAAGAAACACACACAAAAGCAAUAACUCGCAGUUCUACAUAAGGAACUCUAAAGACUUUGCCAGAAAUAAAAUUCCGUUACAACGGUAAGGAAGCAGGCACAUAAGCCCCAACAAGUGGACAGACAGAGCGUCACCUUACACACACGCAGGCGUAUACCCUCACAUAAUACACACACACAUAACAAAAUUACAACAUAUGGCAGCCUACUUACCACGGCCGGAAGAAGAGCGCUCGAGAGGGAGGGAACGUCGGCAAGGAAGGAAUGGUGAAAGAGCAGCAGCCUCACCAGUGCGGCAACAUUCGGGCAAUCGACGACAUGUUGAUAGGCAUGGAAGACCCACCACUUGGCAGUAUUCCUGUGGGCUGUGCCAACAGGAUCAUGCGCUCAGCUCCUGCGCAAGGUUUCGGGGCCUGACCCCGUUCCAUCGUUAUGAGACCGUUGAACGUCGUGGUUACUGUCGCAACUGCCUAGCACGGAGCCACUUAGCGCCCGAUUGUCCGUCUAUCACCGGGUGCCGACACUGCAACUACAGACACCAUUCCCUUCUACAUGGAGCGUCCCAAUUAGACAACAGUCUAGAACCAGCUAUUCGGGAUGAUGGAUCGCUCAAGCUGGACAUCGUACUCGUCCCCACAGCUACGGUACGGGUAUCGGAGGACGGCGUCGACAGGUGGUCUUCUAUUCGGGCCCUAGUUAACCAAGGAUCCACCAUGUCGCGCAUUGCCUACUCCACUUAUCGGCGUCUUGGUCUGCGUUCAUUCACGUAUCGUGGCAAUCGGUUUGCGCAUUUCAGGCUGAUGCCCCGAAAUGUCAACAGUACCUGGGCGUUAAGAGUGAACGCCUUAAUAACUGACAAUUUGCCGACCCGACCCUACUCCGAUCCAAUCAUCGAUGACCCGACCCAGGACUUCACCAAUAACACCCUUGCAGAUAUGGACCCACGCUCUAAUACGCCAAUCGAUCUGGAGCUUGGCGCUGAUGUGUACCCAGCUCUCCAAAGGGAAGGCAAGGUGGCUACUGGACUAGGCGAUGUUUAUGCCUAUCCAACCACUCUUGGCUACAUUCUUACUGGCCCCAUCAGAAACCUACCUCGAGAGUAAUGUUAAACCUAAGUCUUGAUAUACAUAUACACUUGUCACGGGGGGUGAGAAUGUUUAGGAUAGUCCUAAACUUUUGCUGUCGACUGUAGUCAUAAUCUAAUUUUCAGCACUGUAGCUAGCGGACCAUCCAUUAUAUGCACUUACACACACGCACAUAUGCAUGUGCGGGCGGCCACUGGCUACAGGUGCUUUGUUGUUAUUUUUCGCUGAAUUCCAAUGGCAAGCAGAGGCUGCUGGUGUCAUCAAUUGCAAUCAUGUUUUUAAUGUUUUUCUGUUCAUCUAAUCGUUCGCCUCGAUAGCUCCCCCGUGACAAUAACAUACGUACAUACAUACAUGCAUAUAUAAAAAAAAGUUAAAGUGCAGUGAACCCAAGAAAAGUAAAUAGAAAUGAACAUAAGGAAAAGUAGAAGUACAUAAGUUAAAAUAAAACACAUAAAGAACUAGACAAAGUGAAAAAUAUUUAAUCAACCAAAAUAAUUGCUACAAAUUUGAACUAUUU